AUGCAACUCAAGACUGUGACUUUUUUGGCUAAUGCAGCCCUCCCAAUGCUAGUCCAGGGCGGCUAUAUCGCACUGCGCGCUGGUGAAGGCCAGUGUUACUUCCAAGUUGAGGACAUCGACAGUUGCACUACCGAAGCCAGUUACUUUGGCUCGAGUGACGGUAAAACCUGCGUCCAGGGGUCUAGUGAUGGCAGGCUUACAUGGGAUGCUUGUGGCAAGAGACUCCAAUACGUUUUUGAAGAAAACGCCAACGGCCCAUACUCCCUAGACUACGAUGGUGACCUUGUUUUCACUGGGAACACUGUGAACCAGGGCGCUACCUCCAAUGACAUUAAGCAUGAAGGUUGGACUCAGGCUCAGGAUCUUUAA